UGUAUGACUUCUUCAGGGAAAAUUUUGAUGCCUUUACACAAUUUUUAUAGGGAAGCAGCUGGCUGCCGUAUACCAGUCCAAGUGCCCUGUGCUCCCACACUCGUUCCAGGCUGGGGACACCGUCUACAUUCGCAGGCACCAAACCACGAAGCUGCGCCGGACCACCUCACCAACAGUAAAAGUCAACGGAUUCAUCACCUGAGUCCACGCGUUUUAUGUAAGGCACCGGACCUAAGGAUCGGCGUGACGGUGGCCAUCGCCUUGGCCGUCUUCGUGCCCUCUGUCUCCAUUAUCAUCUGCUUCACCCGCUCCUGCUGCUGUCUGUACAAGAUGUGCCGCCGACCGCGCCCGGUUGUUGUCACCACCACAACGCACUCAAAAACCCCUAGAGAUAAGACUAUUUUGCCCAUUUUGCUCUUAGUGUUCUUUUUUAGCAUGGUUAUAGGAAGCUCAAGCCCUCAUACUCCUUAUCAAAUUACUUGGCGACUUAUUAAUUUAAGAAACGGAGUGACUGUUAACAGCUCCUCCAGUUUUAAUGUUCUUAGUGAUUUCUUUCCAGACUUGUAUUUUGAUCUCUGCCAACUUUUUGAUGCUGAAGAUAUAUGUGUGUGGAAGGGAGGAACCUAUGCCUGUCCCGGGGGAAAGAAUGGAAAAUCUAUCCCAGGUUGCGGGGGCCCUGAGGUGGGGUACUGUGGGGCAUGGGGAUGUGAAACCACUGGAAGUGCAUACUGGAAACCCUCCUCUUCAUGGGACAUGAUUACUAUCGGAGCGGCUCCAGGCAUAACGUUUACCGAAUGCGGGGGCAGGGAUUGUAGUAAUUGCCUGGAUGGGACGAUGGGUAGGUGCCACCUCCAGGUCCUUCGCUUCACUGAUAAGGGCAAACAGGACAAAUGGGUGGGGCCUAAAUCAUGGGGCAUCUACUUGUAUAGACCGGCUAAAGAUCCCUUUGCCCUAUUCGCCUUGAGCCGGACGAUUACUGUCGCGUCCGUACCGGUUGGACCAAAUAAGAUAUUAACAAAACAUAAGAGCCCAACCUCCCGACAGUUUAAAAAGGGAAAACCCCACGGGCAAGUACUUGUCAGGAAUCAGCCCAGUCAGAUGUCCACUAACAAUCAGUCUAGAUUGGUUUCCCCGACACCCGCAUUUCCAAAUAAGCACGUAGUAACCGCGCCCCCUUUUCCCUCUUUACCCAAAACGGAGAAUAGGCUCCUCAGCUUAAUACAUGGGGCCUACCAAGCACUAAAUAAUUCUGAUUCCGAUAGGACCCAGGAUUGCUGGAUGUGCCUUGCCUCACCUCCCCCUUAUUAUGAGGGAGUGGCUGUCAUUGGAAAUUGGACCAACCAUACUACCGUCCCUCCCCAGUGCUCUAAUCUGCCAUCUCACCGGCUAACUCUUACCGAAGUAUCAGGACGGGGGCUUUGUGUAGGCUCCGUUCCCCUUCAAUAUCAGGGCCUCUGUAACAAAACCAUGACCCUCAAACCGGGCGCCUAUUAUUUAACAGGGCCAGAUGGGGUAUAUUGGGCAUGCAAUACUGGCCUAACCCCCUGCCUGGCAGGACAAGCUCAUAAUCAAACACAUGAAUGGUGCAUCAUGGUUGAAGUAUGGCCUCGAGUUACGAUACAUAACUCUGAGGAAGUCUACCGACACUAUGAGGGAAAUCUCCGGCUCCCUAGGGAACCCGUAUCCAUAACACUAGCCCUCAUAUUGGGAGGACUCACAGUCGGAGGCAUCGGAGCAGGCAUAGGUACCGGAGCCACUGCCCUUUCAAAGGCAAAUCAUUAUCAUCAGUUACAGCAAGCCAUGCAUUUAGACUUACAAGCUCUGGAAGAAUCGGUCAGUGCAUUAGAAAAAUCCUUAACCUCACUCUCGGAGGUAGUAUUACAAAACAGACGAGGGCUAGAUUUAUUAUUUCUAAAGGAAGGAGGACUUUGUGCAGCCUUAAAGGAAGAAUGUUGUUUCUAUGCGGAUCACACUGGGGUGGUCAGAGAUAGCAUGGCAAAACUCAGAGAAAGAUUAAAACAACGGCAGAGCCAAUUUGAGGCAGGGCAAUCAUGGUUUCAGAGCUGGUUUAAUUCAUCCCCUUGGCUUACGACUUUAAUCUCCUCUAUUGCAGGACCCUUAGUAAUAUUACUCUUAAUUUUAACCAUCGGACCCUGCAUACUAAAUAGGCUUGUUCAGUUUGUUAACGAUAGAUUGUCUGUCACCCAUGCCUUAAUUCUAACACAACAACAUCAAAGUUUAAAAUCACAAGACAUAGAAAAUAGAUUUUAAAAUACAGCUAUUCCUAAAUUUUAAGAUUAAAAUUUGACCAAAAAAAAAAGGGGGGAAUGUGAAAUUGAGGCAGGAUAGGGUUAAAAUGAAGUUGCUUGAGCUAACUGCAUAUCUUGCUUCUGUGCAAAAUGCUUUGGCUUGCAAAAUGCAUUUUGUUUAAGAUAACUAGACUUUAGCUGACCUUGUAACAUGUGAUGAAUGUGCUAAUGCUUUUAUGAGAUAAUGGAGCAUGUGAUAAUUAUUUUAGGAGCUAUGUUAAGUUUUUGGUCAUGAUGACCCCGUGUUUAUGCCUACUCAAGGUCUUCUGUCCCCUCACCCUGGAAGUUUGUCAUGCAUCUUAUGAGAAUUUGUCAUGCUGUGGUUUAUCUUGUGAUUUUUGGCAAUGAUGUGGAGAUAUGCUAAUAUUGUGGUUUUCAAUCUUAAAUACGCUGUGCGGUUGAUGAUUGUCGCCUCUCUUCUCACACUGCACCAGAGAGUGUUGUUGUGCUUGGAGUUGGCCCAUCUGCGCAGAUGUAAUAAACUUCCUCUUGCUUUUAUUGCAUCGGUUGGACUGGAAUUCGUGCUUCUGGGGGUCUC